UUAUAGUAUUUUCUGGAACAGAUUUCUGAAACGGUCGGGUGAUAGUUAUAGCAAGCAGAAAUGGUAUUUUCGAAGGAAUUAGGUUACGAUCCUGAUGAGUGGGAGGAAUGUUCAGAUUCAGAGCAGUUCAUGCUGUUUGGUUUCACCACCAGAAUGUUCCUUUCCCUUACUUCUGUUAUCUUCACAGUUUUCUUUUUCUGGUUUCUUGAAGCUCGAAAACAGAUUGACAAGUCUCACGAAGCGGAAAACCUUCCUCCGAAGGACAUGAUUAGGGAAGAAGUGAAUAAGUUGAAAACCGGCAAGGAGAAAUUGGAAAAAGUGGGAAAACUGAGGCAAGCCGAAGCAAAUUUCAGCAAGGAAGAAACGGAAGCAUUGGAAGAAUGGCAGCGGGAAGUGGCACGGAUGGAGGAAUUACGGUUACAAGAUCUAUAUGAGCAUGUAAUAGAUGGAUCCGGAACGAUGUCCGAGAUUGAAACGGAAUCUCAACUUAUUGAUCGCUUUUUACCUGCUGAUCAUAUAUCAAUGGAAAUAAACAGCGACGAAGUAGAACAGUUUCAGCAACUUCCAAGGGAAAUGAAUCAAACGUCUUCACUGAUAACACCGAAGGGAUUUACCUUUGAAGCCGCAGUUCAUUCCUCACCAUACACAGAGGAUGUUGUCGUCAGCAUACAGGAUGCAGCAAAUACUGUUGUGACAGGCAGCGAACGAGGAAAUGGGAGCGGUAACAGUACGAAUGGUUGGGAAGCCCCAGCUCAAUCGGAAUUUUUUAUCGAACGAGUUCAAGACUUUAUUUACAAAGCAAGCGAUGCCGAAAUGAGUGAUGUAUUGGCGCAGGAUAUUCGAACAUCGGUGGAAAACGACGAUGAUUUUGUCAAAGUUUAUAAGGAUGAGUUACAAAAGAGUGGUAUUGGAAUAUUACAAGAACAGAUCAUUGAACCGAGCAGACAAACAACUGAUACAUUAAAAUCAACUCUUCCUGAUACUUGUAUUCAGAAAUCACUGGAGCAAAGACAGCAACCAGUGAUAACUGAAUUGUCAUCUGAUCAAUUAUCUGUUGCAGUGGCUGUGGCAGAUUAUCAACAGCAAGAGCUUUUACGGAAAUCUGAUAAGGAAAUUUUUGAUUUUAUUCCAACAACAACGACAGAAGCAGUAGAGACUGAAAGAACGUAUACACCGAUCGCGCAAACAGCUGAGCGAGAAUUGAUGCUAAAAAUUUCCGAUAACAACAUGAUGAAUGUAGAUAAAAAGCCUAUGGCUCCGAUUACAACCACAGGACAUCAGUCGCUCACAGAAGGAGAAUGUAGAAGGCUAGUAGAGGCAGAAAUGUACAUACAAGAUGCCAUCGAAUAUGUAACCAGUGGCAUUCGCUCCGAAGUACCCAGUGGAUUCAUAAUUGAAGAGGAGAUGUGGGAUAAGACAGGUGGACAUGGUAGUAUCACCCGUGCUCCUGUUAUACAACAACUACCCGCUUCUCCGGAAGCUACAAGUCAGAUAUUCAGGACCAAUGAAAUAUUUGAGAAAGUAGAAGAACCGGUAGAAAUAGAUGAUGCGAUGACAUAUGCUCCGGAGAUACAGUCCAUUGAAAUCCCACCCGAUGAAGCAAGUAUCAAUAGUGAAAAUUUGUUGGAAUAUUUCGACCAAGUUGCUGCAGAAUGCACUGAUGUCUUAUCGAUACCACAGCCAACGAAGACUACUGGAAAUGUACCACUCACAAAACCGGUGGAAUCAUCGCAAUCGGUAUCUUUACUGAGGAGUUCAAGGAGUUUCACUUCAAGCGGGAGUCAACCGCGGAUGAGGAAACGAAGCUCAUUGUUAAGUGUACUUGGUGUAACAAGUACACAAGAGAUGUUGCUAACUCUAACAUCACUUGAAGACUUGUCAAAUGCUAUGCGUAAAGCCGGUUUACAGUCCACAAAUUUAAUUUUUGGUAAAAGUUCUAAUUUUUAA